CAUGUGUUCCAGCUUAGCAUCAGCUCCUCUUUCUGUCUGUCUCUUCCUCCUCCUCAGAGUAACCUUCAUCACAUCAAAAGAAACAGAUCAGACAGACCCUGACCCUGGGCUGACCUUUGACCCCUGGCUGACACGGUUCCAGGUUGUACAGCUAGACGGGUCACCGGUGUACCCACCCUGUGGAAGAGUCCUCGCCACGACCACACCACCACCGCCGACUCCAACGGUCAAACCUACAACCACAACUAAAACUUACCGGGUGGUUGACAUAGAUGGGUCUCCUGUGAUCCAUUACUACCCCUGCAGGGUCAUACCGGUGGAACGACAACACCCGGACCAACAUCUGACCACAAGACCACCGCAAUCACAAGAAACGGUCAAAGCUAAAACCACAACUACAACUAUGACUGUGAACAGGAAAGCCCAUGUUAAUCAACCACUAUUUGCCAAAACAGUUGGUCACCCCCUCAACCGGCCUUACUCAAAGUUGCACGUCCCCCUCCUUCUGGCCAAUAGCUGGCCAGCUCUGUCCCGUUACAAUUUGCUCAGUUGUUUCCGACUCCCUGCUCAUUGGCUGUUUCCUGGACACAGACUGCUCUCUAAGCCAAUAGGAAGGCUCCCUCGCCAACACAGUGGGACCAAUAGCAAGAGGAACAGAGACUUGGUGUCGUUACUGAAGAGGAGCAACAGACAGUCUGUCCUUCUGUCAGUCCUGAGGAGAGGACAGACUCACAGAAAGAACAUUGUAGGCUCCCCCUCUGAAGAGGGGGACUAUAGAAAUAAAAUGAAUAGAACAGGCUUGGAACCUCUAACCCUGGUCAUAUGACUGGUAAAUAGAAUGAAUAGAACAGGCUUGGA